GUUUAACAAGGAACGGUUACAAGUUACAGACAGCUCCACCAACUGGUGGUUACGCUUUGAACCCUUAAUUUCAAGCAACACAACUUAACAUAACAACCACCUUCUCUCUUCUCUUCUUCUUUCCACACGCCCCGCUAUUUUUCAUUACCCAUUUGUCACACGUGACAAACUCGAUAAUCAUUGGCGCUCAAUUUUACUAAUUAUUUUUUCCUUUUCACCAAUAUUUUUAAAUAUUAGUAAUAAAAAAUGUAGUAGUUGGUGUUGCCAAGUAAACGAGUUAAUAAUAAUAAAUAUAUUUUUUAAUUUAAUAAUUAUUAUUAUUUGAUUGGUUGGUUGGUACCGUUCUUCCAAUGAUAAGGUGGUCGGUCUUUUGUUUGAAAUGCAAAAAAAUAUAUAUCUGUUGGGAUUGGCAUUUGUCUUGGCUUCUUCUAACUCCAUUUCUGAAUUUUUUAUUGCUCUAAACUGUCUCUGCCUUUCGCUUCGCCUCUUGGAAUAUCAGAGGAAAUGCUACACAUUGAGCUCAUCAUUGCCAAUUAUUUUCCAAUCCUAAGAAUUGAAAGAGAUAUCAAGCUGAUUUCAUAGUUGUGAAGAAACCAGUUCUUGUUCCAAUUUUGUAACUUGCAAUGUAUCCCAACCAAGCAUUCUCUUCAGGAUCCUAUGCAGAUAUGUACACCGUGACUCCUCUAUUACCUCAUAACUGCUACAAUGAAUCAUUAGGAGAACAAAAUGAAGCCAUCACAACUAUGCAAUCCAUUGAUGAACAUUCCAAUGCUUGCAACUCUCAUGUAGAUAGUGACCAAAAUAUACAUCAGUGUCAUGGUUUAUCUCUUAGUCUAGGGACACUGUUGCCUUCUACCGCAUCUGUUUCUCCAUUUCAAUAUCAGUAUCACGACACUGGUUUUGUGACGUUAAUGAAUGCUUGUCUUCCAAACUUAAAUGGAACUAGUACUACUUUAUCCAGAGAUGAUGAUGACAACAUGCAUAAGGAGUUGGAAAGUGCUGAAUGUAUGCCAACCUUUCAUCAUGAAAUUACCAAAAGGGAAGGUUUUCGCACUCUUCACCCCUCAGAUCAAUGCUUUCAGGGAUCACAAGGUUUUUCUAAUAUUUUUCUAAACUCACAAUAUCUUAAGGCUACACAGGAGUUACUUGAUGAGAUAGUUAAUGUAAGAAAGGCUUUGAAGCAGCAUGGAAUGGAAAAACAAGAAAAAACCAGUGACAUUGGAUUAGAUAACUCUAAAGAUGCUGAUGGAAAAGAAACCAGUCAUUCUAUGCAAAUGUCUUCAGGUCCUAAUGGUGAUAAUUCCAAUUCUUGUUGUGAAUUAUCCCCAGCUGAACGGCAGAAUUUGUUGGAUAAGAAGACUAAGCUUUUGUCCAUGUUGGAUGAGGUAGAUAAAAGAUACAGACAGUACUGUCAUCAUAUGCAGACAGUGGUAUCAUCUUUAGAUAUGGUUGCUGGGUGUGGAGCAGCAGAACCAUAUACUUCACUUGCACUGCGAACAAUUUCACGCCAUUUUCGCUGCUUGCGCGAUGCUAUCAGCAGCCAAAUUCAAGUGAUUCAAAGGAACCUUGGGGAACAAGAAGGAAUACCUCGUCUCCGGUAUGUUGAUCAACAUCUUAGACAACAAAAGGCACUUCAACAUCUUGGUGUUAUGCGACAAGCUUGGAGGCCUCAGAGAGGACUUCCCGAAAACUCUGUUUCAAUACUUCGCGCUUGGCUCUUUGAGCAUUUUCUUAAUCCUUAUCCUAAGGAUUCAGAGAAAAUUAUGCUAGCUAGGCAAACUGGUUUAACCAGAAAUCAGGUGGCAAAUUGGUUCAUCAAUGCACGUGUACGUCUUUGGAAACCAAUGGUUGAGGAAAUAUACAAAGAAGAGUUUAGUGAUUCUAAAAGAGAUUGCGUUCAAGAGUUUGAUAAUAAUAAUAAAUCAGAAGAGUCACAUGAAAACAAUGUAAUUACAAGUGAUAAUAAUACUAAUAUCCAAGCUGGACAAUUUCAUGGGUUGAAGUCAGAACAAACCUCUUGCACUACAGAACAAUAUGGAGAGAAAAGAAUGCAGGGUAAUCAAAGGUUGAGCGCGAAAAAUGGCUUUUAUUCAAGUAGUGGUGGCACACAAAUAGCUUCUGAUUCUGCCACAUAUGAAUUAUCAGAGUUGGGUAACUUUUCUUCUGUGGGUGGCCACCACCACGUUUCUCUUGCAUUGGAGUUGAGGAACUGUGAAAGCGAUGUAUUAGCUAUAUCCGAUGAUGCCAUACAAAAAAGACAUAAUAAUCAUAAUCAGACAUUGGCUUCUUCUUCAGACUCUGAUUUACUAGAUUAUCAUUUUACAGAUUCUGGAAAGCAACAACACAGGUUUGGCAAUACUCAUCUGUUGCAUGAGUUUGUCGUAUGAAAUUAAAUCUAGCAAAAGAUAUACAUUUUAUUUUUUUAUGAUAUAAUUUUUUUUAAAAGGGUAUCUUAUUCUCAUCUCUGGAAAGGUGUACCAACAUAAAGCUGAAAAGAGAAAGAAAAGCAUAUGCUAUUUUUUUUUUUUUAAUUCAUUCGCGUUGCCCCCAUUUUGUUAAUAAAGUGAUGUAAAUCAUAAACGUACAAAAAAUAUACAGAUAGGUAUAUAUGUUUUAGAAGAUAUUCAUUUACUUGUGUAAUAAUAUUACAGAUCAUUGGUUGUAUCUGCAGGCAAUUUUUUGUAAAAGGAUAUAAGGAACAUAUCUUGUGCAUUAAUGUUGAAUAAGAAAUUGUAUGAAAAUAAAAGGUAACAAGUACGAUGUGAA